AUGACUUUCAAAUAUGAGGCUUGUUUGGCCUUAGAAGAGGAAUGUGAAGUGAUAUUAAAAGAGGCUUGGACUGGUUCCUCAAAGGUUACUGGAUUACUGGAUAAUAGCAGGAAAGCUCUUCAAAGGUGGAAUAAAAACAAGAUGCAAAGGCAAGGGCAGGAAGUAGAGGAAAAAACCAAGAUCUUACAGAAUUUACAAGCUAUGGAAAAUGGGAGUAAUGUAGAGGAAAUCAGAAAGGUCACUAAAGAGCUGCACCUAACACUAGAGAAGGAGGAUCUCUGGUGGAAGCAACGUGCAAAGAGGAACUGGUAUAAGCAUGGAGAUAGAAAUACUAAGUAUUUCCAUGCUUGUGCAAAGGAGAGAAGGAAAAGGAAUUUUAUUAAUGAAGUGGAAGAUGAAAACAACAGGAAUUUUAUUGGUUUUCAGAAGGUGGAAGAAACCUUUAGAAGGUUUUUUGGCAAGUUGUUUCAAACCACUAACCCAAGCCAGGAUGAGAUUGAUAAAUGCCUUGUGGGAAUGAGUGAGAAGGUAACUAUAGAAAUGAAUGAAAGGCUGUCAAGAAGGUUCACAUCAGUAGAAGUGGAGGAAGCUGUGAAACAAAUGGCCCCGUUAAAAGCCCCUGGCCCAGAUGGUUUUGGACCAUGUUUCUACCAAAACCAUUGGGGUGUAGUUUCUGAUGAAGUGUGUAGAGCUGCACUUGAUAUACUGAAUGUUUUGAUCAAUGGGGUACCAGGCCAUAAAUUUUUGCCAUCAAGAGGCUUGAGACAAGGUGACCAUUUAUCACCUUAUUUAUUCAUUGUUUGCGCUGAGGGACUGAGCAGUUUGCUUGAUCAUUAUGAGAAGAGUAAGCUAAUAAGAGGGGUACAAGUGGCUCGAGGAGGAACUAGCAUCAAUCAUUUGCUGUUUGCAAACGAUUGUAUCUUAUUUGGAAGAGCUAAUAUUGGAGACUGGAGGAAAAUCCAAGAAAUUCUACUGGUUUAUGAAAAGGCCUCUGGACAGUUCCUUAACAAAGGGAAAACUUCUGUUUUUUUCAGCAAUAAUCCUCGAUUGACAGACAAGCAAGCUAUCAAGAAAGAUGGAAAUUCAUUUGUAUGUGGCACUUAUGAAAAAUACCUUGGACUCCCUGCUAUGGUAGGGAGAUCAAAGUUCAACACCUUCAGAACCUUAAAGGAGAAGUUAUGGCAGAAAGUUUCAAGUUGGAAAAACACUUUCUUGUCUCAAGCUGGAAAAGAAGUACUAAUCAAGGUUGUCCUACAGUCUAUCCCAACUUUCACCAUGGGGGUUUUUAAACUCUCAAUUAAAUUGUGCAAGGAAAUCAACAUUAUGCUAUCAAAGUUUCGGUGGGGAAGUCAGCAAGAGGGGAGAGGGAUGGUUUGGAGGAAAUGGGAAAAAAUGAGUAUGCAGAAAGGUAAAGGGGGAAUGGGGUUUAGGGACAUGGAGAGCUUUAAUGUCGCACUCCUUGCUAAACAAGGAUGGAGGAUACUCAAAUAUCCAAUGUCCUUAGCAGCAGUGUUACUCAAAGAAAAGUACUUCAGAUUUGAGAAUUUUUUGGAGGCUAAGCUAGGUGCUCAACCCUCUCUGGUAUGGAGGAGCAUAUGGUCUGCAAGGGACCUCUUGAGAGAAGGACUUAGGUGGAAAGUAGGAGAUGGGAAGGAUAUUAAUAUAUGGAGAUCUAAAUGGUUGACUAGACCCACUUCCUUUGCUGUACAGUCCCCAGUAUCUCUACUGCAGAGGAAUGCCAAAGUGAUAGAACUGAUUGACAGUCAGAAGGGAGAGUGGGAUGAAUCAAUAAUAAGAACCAUAUUCUCGGAGGAAGAAGCUGAACAGAUUCUCUGUAUGCCUUUGAGCAGAGGUAGAGCAAAGGACAAGAUAAUUUGGGGGCCAGCCAAGAAGGGUCUCUUCACAGGCGCUGCAAAGGAAGUAGUCGAGGCUGUACUGAGUGAGGAAGAAGCUGUUCUUGAAUUUAGCCCUAUCAUUGAUGAUGUUAAGUUUCACUUCAGAAAUAGGACACACUGGUUUAUUCAAUAUGCUAGUAGAAAAAAGAACACUGUAGCCCAUACUUUAGCAAAGAAAGCUUUAGAGAUUAGAAAAGAAUUAGUUUGGAUAGAAGAGGUCCCGGAAUUCAUUGUGGGAUGCCUUCUUGAUGAUACAAGUUGUAACACGUAA